AUGUCGUCUUCGUUAUAUCAUCCCUGUUUUCUCUUCAUCUCCUCUCUCCUCUUCCUAGUCCUUAUAUUCUCCGGCGAUGUUCCCUCCGCCGCCGGAACUUUAUCGCCGGGCGCACCCAAAUCCUCCGCUCGUGCGAUGAACAGAGUUAGAAGGAAUAUGAAAUCGACGGAGUUCUUAAACGAGCACAACACAGCGCGUGCAGCUGCGGGCGCGCCGAAUCUAAAAUGGGAUCAAGGCCUGGCCCGUUUCGCUUCUAAUUGGGCCAAGCAACGUAAAUCAGAUUGUAAAAUGACCCAUUCUGGUGGGCCUUACGGAGAGAAUAUUUUCUGGUACCGGAGGAGUGAGAAUUGGUCGCCAAAGAGAGUGGUUGCGAAAUGGGUGGCGGAAAGUUUGAACUACGAUCGGAAUACUAACACGUGUGCGUCUGGCCAGAUGUGCGGUCAUUAUACGCAGAUCGUUUGGCGUACAACCACAGCCGUUGGAUGCGCACGUGCGAAGUGCAACAACAACCGUGGAUUCCUAGUGGUCUGCGAGUAUUCUCCUGGUGGAAAUUACGAAGGCGAAAGUCCUUUUGAUUUGCCUAAAUAA